AUGAAAUUACAUGUGAGCUUAUUAUAUUUUUUUUUCCUUUUCUUAACAUUUUUUAACAUAUUAAAAGCUCAAGAUAAUAAAAAUAAGGUUGAAGAAACACAUGAAGAGCAAGGUGAAAUGACGCAAGAAGAAAAAGACGAAAUAUAUUCUGAAUUUGUUGAUUAUGAUUUAAAUAAAGAUGGAUUAAUUGAUGCUGAAGAAAUUGUUGUUACGUUAAAAAAUAUGAAAAAGGCAGAUUUUAUAAAUUUUUUUAAUAAAGUAGACUUAGAUUCUUCCGGAACAAUUUCCAUUGAUGAAUACAUGUUAUUUAUAAAUUCCAACUGA